ACUUUAGCGCGUCAUUUGCAAAAAUGGCGUCGAGCAGUGAUGUUGCGUUACGUGUUGGCGAUACUUUUGCAUCAUUUGAUGAAUUUAAAUCUUCUUUAGAGCAAUUUGAAAAGGAGCAAUGUAUUACAUAUUACAAGAGGGAUUCUCGGACAUUGGAAGCUGCAGCAAGACGCGUGAAUUUGGAAAAUCCAAAUGCAGAUUUGAUUUACUAUGAAGUGAAGUUCACGUGUAUCAAGGGAGGAAGACCGUACAAGCCACAAAGUUCAGGUCAAAGGCCAAAUCAGCGGUCAUUGCGAGAAGCAUGUGGCUCUUUUGUUCUGCUGCGUGCAUCGAAGGACGGUCAACAGCUAGUAGUGAUGAAAAUGAACACAGAGCAUAGUCACCCAGUGAGCAAGGUUUCAAAGAAGAGGAGAAAGGAGAAUGGUGUUAGAACCACUAAACUCCCCAUCAGUAAAGCCAACAAAAAGAAAAUGCGAAACAAGUGGCCUACCUCGGAACAAAGCAAAUGUGAGGGGCAACAUGUUAUUGAUGGCAAUCAGCCACUAGCUGGUUUGCUAAGUGACCUAGCACGCGUCAACAACAGCAGGGACCGAGCGAGCAGACUGUUCCAGUGGCUCAUCCACCCCGUUCCUAUAAAGGACUUCUUCAGGGAUACAUGGGAAAAGGACCCCGUACUUGUGAGGCGUCAGGCUCCAGAUUACUACAAAGGAUUAUUUUCCACAGCCGAGUUUGAUCGUAUAUUGAGGCAGGAAGAUGUUCAGUAUGGUGUGAACCUGGAUAUCACAAGUUACAUUAAUGGCAAGAGGGAGACACACAAUCCUCCGGGAAGAGCUUUGCCGUUUACUGUGUGGGACUUCUAUGAGAAAGGCUGCUCCGUCCGCUUGCUCAAUCCACAGGCUUUCUCCUCCACAGUGUGGAAUGUGCUCUCCAUCCUUCAAGAGCAUUUUGGCAGCAUGGCAGGAGCCAAUGUAUAUCUGACUCCACCUGGAACACAGGGCUUUGCUCCUCAUUAUGAUGACAUUGAGGCAUUCGUAGUUCAGCUCGAAGGGAAGAAACACUGGAGAGUGUACAAACCAAGGACACCUGAUGAAGUAUUGCCUGUGCUUUCAAGUUCAAACUUUCGUCAGGAAGAAAUUGGGAGGCCUAUCCUGGAGGUGGUGCUAGAAGCCGGGGAUCUCCUCUACUUUCCCAGAGGGUUUAUCCAUCAGGGCAACUGUCUUCCAGAUGCACAUUCGCUUCAUAUCACCAUCUCUUCUUACCAGAAGAACAGCUGGGGAGAUCUGCUAUUGAAGGUGGUUCCUGCUGCCCUAGAAAUGGCGAUGGAGGAGAACGUGGAAUACCGGCAGGGCUUACCUCUGGACUACCUGACAUACAUGGGAGUACAGAACUCGGACAAAGAUGAUCCACGCAGGAAACAUUUCUUCUGUCGUAUUGAGAACCUGAUAAAGCAGCUUGCAAGUUAUGCCCCGGUAGAUGCUGCUGUGGAUCAGAAAGCCAAAGACUUCCUCCACGAUUGCCUUCCUCCAUUUUUCACCUCAGAGGAAUUGGCCAGCAGUGUACAAGGAGCCUCAGUAAGGUGGGAUCACGGCCAAGUUGUGGAUGUCGGUCCACAGCUCAGUGGCCAGACCCGAGUCAGGAUCGUCCGUGCCGGGUGUGCCAGGUUAUGCAGUGAGGAGGAAGGUGUGUGGCUUUACUACACCACAGACAACUCCAGAGUUUACCACAAAGAGGAGCUGAAGAGUUUUGAAAUCAAACAAGAGCAUACAGAUGCUAUGGAAUUUCUGAUCCAUUCAUACCCCAAAUUUGUGACCGUCGGGAGUUUUCCGUGCGACUCUGCAGAGGACAGGAUCUCUUUAGCGGAGAUGCUUUUUGAAAGGGGAAUUAUCCACACUGCAGAACCCAUCUCUUGUCAUACGGUGGCUGACUGCAUGAAUGGGACUGAAUUUGCCUUUGUGCCAAAUGUAAAUGUUUAAUAGGAGAGACAUCUUGUACCAACUGGAUCUUCUGCAA